AUGUUCAGCAAAGGGAAACCAAGAACAUCACUGGUUAACAGCCAGGCGAAAUUCAAGAGCCAGCUUGGAAGUAAUGCGUCGUUCUUGAAUCGCAGCUUUCCAACGGCUGCAGAACUUUCUCGUACAACUGGCAGCCAGCUCCGGCAAACAAAGCUAACUGUCUGCCCCAAGGAUAACAAACUGAAAUAUGAAGGUUUCGUAGAAGAGGUUCCCAGAGUAAGGGCACCACAUGAAUUUGUUUAUAUGCCCCCACCGAAGCUGCAACCGAAGUCCCUGGGCGUAGCAUACAAAUCCAAAGCCGCUCCCAUCAAAAUGGAGACCAUGGCAAAGGUAGAGCCGAAAGCCUCGCCAAUGACCAAGCCGGGUCGUGAUUUGCUAAGUCUAGUGGGGCGCGUGGAUUUCUGUUUGAACAGCCACAAAAUGUAUCCCGAUUUAAAUGCUAUCUGGAACGUGUACGGGAAACUGGUGCGCAUUAUAGAAGGAAAGAGGUGUGAGCACACCCUGCUGGUGCGCAGUGAUGGACCCAUCCUCCAGGGCAUUUACUACGAUUUUGAGGGCGAUCUGAAAACACUGUCCACAGGUUGCGCUAUUCAUCUGGUGGGGCGUUUCGUUGGAAACAACCGCUUGCAGACGUUCAGGAUCACCGAGGUAAGUGAUAUGGACUGGGAGCAGCAAUUUAUGCGCAUAGAAAAUGUGACUAGAUAUAUUUUAAUGCAAAACAAUGCACACAAGUAGUUUUAUUUCACAAGACUCUUGGACCAGAAGGGCAGUUCUUCAAGCCGUCUCGUCUGGUCUAAGAUCUUAACUGGGAUAUAUUCAUUUUUCACUAUGUACAUACCUAUAAGCUAGCGUGUAAGUAUAUAGAAAGGCUCCAUUGGAUUUACAUUUCCAGUUAGCUUACUCUCUC